AUGACAUCUAAAAAUUUUAAUAUUUGUGAUUUCAAAGAGAUCAAAAAAAUUCAAAGUCAUUUUGGAUUACAAAGCACAGGAGAACAAGGCAGAGAAGAACAAGGCAGUGGAGGACAAGGCAGUGGAGGACAAGGCAGUGGAGAACAAGGCAGUGGAGAACAAGGCAGUGGAAAACAAGGCAGUAGAGGACAGGGCAGUGGAGGACAAGGCACUGGAGAACAAGGCAGAGGAAAACAAGGCAGUGGUGGACAAAGCAGUGAAGGACAGGGCAGUGGUGGACAAAGCAGUAGAGGACAAGGCAGUGGAAGACAAGGCAGAGGAGAACAAGGCAGUGGUGGACAAAGCAGUGGAGUACAAGACAGUGGAGGAUCUGUACAGAAAGAUCAGAAAAAAGUGAUCAGCAAAGGAGAACAAUGUCUUAUUUCAAUGAAAGGAUAUCAAAUAUCUACUUAUUAA